AUGGCGCCCUCUUUCGAUCACCUUCGUGAGGCCGAUCUCGACGAUGACGAGUUUGAUGAGGAUGAGAUUGAUCUUUCAGAUCUGAGGGAGAAGUACGAGGUCCAGCUGGACCAAGGUUACGACACGUUCGUCGUCGUCGAUGGCCUUCCCGAGGUUACCGAAGACCAAAAGCCGAAGCUCGUCAAGUUCCUCCUGAAGAAGUUGAACCAGGUCGGCAAGACGAGAGAGGACUCCAUCUUCAUGCCAAUGGGCGAGAAUGGCAAGUCGCUAAGAUUUGCCUUCGUCGAGUACUCAUCACCCGGUGAGGCCGCCGCUGCUGUUCGGCAACUCGACAUGGUUCCCCUCGAUAAGAAACACACACUCCGCGUCAACAAACUGACCGACGUUGAGAGAUACGGACGGGAAGGGCGGAUAGACGAUCACUACACACCGCCACAAGUCGAGGAAUUCGCCGAGAAGGAGCAUCUGAGGUCGUUCAUGGCGGACCCAUCAGGUCGGGGUCGGGAUCAGUUCGUCAUGUACAGAGGCGAGUCUGUUGGCAUUUUCUGGAACAGUGAGAAGGAUCAGCCGGAGCCUGUCGUGGACCGGCAGCACUGGACAGAGAGCUUUGUCCAGUGGUCGCCGUUGGGAACAUACCUCACAUCUGUCCAUGCUCAAGGUGUUCAGCUCUGGGGAGGUGCUUCAUGGCUGAGGAUCAGACGAUUUGCCCAUCCCUUUGUCAACUUGGUGGCCUUCUCGCCGCUUGAGAACUACCUAGUGACCUGGUCAGCACGCCCCAUCUCCAUACCCGAUGAGGGCCACCCGCAGCUGUCUCUUGACGAUGAUGGCAAGAACUACGUCAUCUGGGAUAUUGCUACUGCGAAACCUCUGCGAUCCUUCGCGAAUCUUGACCUUCCCGGUGCGCCCAACGAAGACCCGGCUGUAGCCAAGCAGCGCAAGUUUCCCUGGCCGGCGUUCAAGUGGUCUGCGGAUGACAAGUAUGUCGCUCGUUUGACACAGGGUUCCUCGAUAUCCGUCUACGAACUCCCUCGCAUGGGUCUCCUGGACAAGACGAGCAUCAAGAUCGAGGGAGUGAUGGACUUCGAGUGGGCACCGUCAUCUCCACAACGCGAAGGUGUCAAGAACUACGAACAGCUCUUCUGCUACUGGACGCCGGAGAUCGGGAGCAACCCAGCCAAGGUCGGCUUGAUGAGCAUUCCCUCCAAAGAGGUUGUCCGAACCCUGAACCUCUUCAGCGUGUCAGAUGCGAAGCUUCACUGGCAAUCCGAGGCCGCAUACUUGUGUGUCAAGGUCGACAGGCAUUCCAAGUCCAAGAAGUCGCAGGCCACUACGCUCGAGAUCUUCCGUGUCAAGGAGAAGGGCGUCCCAGUGGAGGUGGUCGAUACCAUCAAGGACACAGUGAUCAAUUUCGCCUGGGAGCCUAAGGGAGAUCGCUUCGUCAUCAUUACUACCACCGAGCCGGUCGGUGCCACUGCUGUGCCGCCGAAGACCUCAGUCUCAUUUUUCUGCCCCGAGAAGGCAAAGGGCAACCUUGUCGGCAACUUCAAGCACCUGCGUACUCUGGACAAGAAGAACAGCAACGCCAUCUACUGGUCACCUAGAGGCCGGUUCGUCGUGAUUGCCACAGUGCACAACACUCAAAGCUCAGAUCUCGAUUUCUUCGAUCUCGACUUCGAGGGCGAGAAGCCUGAGUCCGACAAGGACCUAACUGCCAAUUUGCAGCUGAUGAACACCGCCGAGCACUACGGCGUCACCGAUAUCGAAUGGGAUCCCUCAGGUCGAUUUGUUGCAACAUGGGCAUCUUCAUGGAAGCAUUCUAUGGAAAACGGCUAUCACCUGUAUGACUUCAAGGGCGAGCAGCUGCGCGAGGAGCCCAUCGAGAAGUUCAAGCAGUGGCAAUGGCGCCCGCGCCCUCCCACUCUACUGACAAAGGAAGAGCAGAAGUCGAUCCGCAAGAACUUGAGAGAGUAUUCACGUGUCUUCGAGGAGGAAGAUGCUCAACGUAUCACGGGCGCCAAUCAAGAAGUCAUUGAGAGACGGCGCAGAAUGCUUGACGAGUGGUACGCUUGGCGCGAGAGCGUCGACGCCGAGAUCACGGAAGAGCGGCUCGAUCUUGGUCUUCCUGCCGACCCCGCGGAAGAUCUCAAAGCCAAGGUCGGUGCGGCGGCUGAUGACGAGGAGGGACAAGUCAUUGAGGAGAUCGUUGAGGAGGUUCUCGAGGAAACAGAGGAGAUUGUCAACUAG